AUGAGUGCAGCCCUACGUGGCCGACGACUUCUGAGCAUCUUGCAUAAUAUCUACCACGAGCCACAACUGCGUCUGGUUUUACUCCUUCACGCCAAAAAAUGCAAACCGAAAGCUAAGCCGUGCAAAAUUCCGUUCUGUUAUCAUGUGAAAUGUCUGCUCAGCCAUAUGGAAGGAUGUUGGGGCGAGAAUUAUUGCAACUUAAUCAUUUGUCAUCGAAGCCGCGAAUUACUAACUCACUGGCGCGAGUGCCGGAAUGCCGAAUGCGGGAUGUGCAAGCCAUUUGAGCAUCUUCGACCAUUAUUCCCAUAUCCAGGACCCGAGAUCUAUGACGUGGAGAUGGAAACGCGAGCAAUUGUAGAUGAUACACCGCCGAAACGAACAAUCAAGAAAAAAAAGAAGAAGAUAAAAAAGAAGAAGAAGCCCGUAGAACCAGUUGCAAACCCC